AAACCAAAGACCGAUCAUCCAAGAAGAUCAGGUGAAGUAGCAAAACUUUUUGCUGAUGCUGGUUUAAUAUGCAUUGCUAGUUUGAUAUCUCCAUAUAGAAGAGAUCGGGAUUUCUGCCGUGAAUUAUUGCCUGAGGAAAACUUUAUUGAGGUGUUCAUGAACAUGGCUCUAGAAUUAUGUGAGGCAAGAGAUGCAAAGGGCCUUUACAAACUUGCCCGAGACGGGAAGAUCAAAGGUUUUACCAGGAUCGAUGACCCCUACGAACCGCCUCUGAACUACGAGGUUGAAUUAAGGCAGAAUGAUGGAGUUUGCCCAACCCCAUAUGCUAUGGCGAUGCAGAUAGUGACUUACUUGGAGGAGAAAGGAUUUCUUCAAGCCUAGCGACAAGCUCUACUUGCAAAGACUUCUCCAACCGUCGCCUCGACCACCCGUUGGUUACAUCAAAUGGUUCGAUCUCUGAUGGCAAAUAUGUUAAAGAAUAGACUGAUAGGUAAUCAGUACAUAAUAUAAGAUGAGGUUCCUAGAACAAGGAAUACAAAAUGUAGUUUUAGAUUUUUUUUUUUAAAGAAGAUGUAAAUAUGAUCUCUCUAGAAAGAAGUAUUAUAGUAGAGAUAGAUGAUCUUGAUUUUAUGGAAUUUCUCACUUAUUCUUUCUGUUAAAGCAAUGUAAUGUAGAUAUGAAGUCAUAUUGGAAAUGCUAUAAUUCAAUAUUUAUUUGGAAAUCUGUGAUGGAUAGCAUUUCAAAA